AGAAGGACCAGGUCUGCAGACUCUGACGCUAGCCCUCCCUCGGAAUCCCUCUUGCAGAGUUUAGGGAUGGCCUGGCCAGAAGGUGGCUGGGAAGGCACCAGGGAGAAGAGAGCCCCCGCCUCAGCUGAGGGAGGGAGAACAGCAAGAGAAAGAAAGAGAGAGGCAAGCGAAAUUCCUGAAUGGAUAGACAGAUGCUACGUCAUCGGAGCUGCAUCCUCCACUCCACAAGAGGCUAGGAGCCGGGAGAGAGAGGCAGUCCAGCAGCAGGGGCCACCGAGCAGUCUCUCUUCCUCCCAGAAGCCAGGAGCUGGGCAUCCAGGAAGAAGCAGCCUCCUUUGUUUCUGGUGUCAUCGUAGGUGGCCACCUUUGGCUUUUGGGACCCCCAAUUCAGUUCUCGAGGUUGGUAACCCACCAGAGAAGCAGAGGCCCCUCUGUGUUCUUCUAUAUCUGGAAGUCAUUCUUGAAGUCUGCACUUCCCAAGGUUUGGGAGCUUCUCACCUGGGGCGGGUGGGUGCUCCACCACCCUCCCGCCCUCUUUCCUCCACACGUGUGCCAGAGCCACAUCCAGCACCACGGACAGCUCCCGGGCGUGCCAAAGAGAGAUGCCAAGGGGCCGGCUUUUCUGUCCUUUUUUGUUUUGCUUCCUCUGGCCUUGGCUCCCCAGCCCGGCCCCCCACCUUGCUGGGCUCAGGCUUCAGAAAGAAAGAGGCAAGGCCCUGCAGUCCGGCUUCCAUCUUCGUAACUCUGGUGACACUGUGCCCUCUCAGGCCGCUCAACCUCCUCGCUCGGACCCAACGGCCCUUGCUCAGCUCCCAGGUCAGAGACUGGACUGGUGCAUCUGAUUGGCUAAGCCUAGACCCAACGCCCAGGCCCCAGCUGCAAGGAGGGCCAGGAAGGUGCUAUGCUGAAGAGGAAGGUGGAAUACAAAGCUUCUUUGAGGAGCUAACCGUCCAGCAGGGGAGGCAGACACACAAUUACAUGGCAUGUGGAGACUGCUGUCCUGAAGACGUGUGCAAAGUGCUGUGGGAGCAGGAAAUUCCAUGAUCUUUCUUAUUCCUGUCUUGGGAAGUCCUUCCCAAUGUCUAACCAAGAUCUGUACUGCUGAAGCACCAGUUCUUUGACCCUUGGCUUGACAUGGUUAAUUUGAGAGGCACAGCUUCCCUCUACCCCAGGAAGGAAGAAACUGACUUUGAUUUGGCACCCACUUGCUUGUGUAAGCCCUUUCUUAGCCAUUAUCUCAGUUAAUCUUCCAACAGUCCUGAAAACUGGUGAUGCUGUCCCCACUUUACAAAGGCAGAAUCAGCCCCAAGAAGGACAUACCAAAAAGAAGAACCUACUUCACCCUUUGGCCUAGGUUCCCUCUGAGAAGCCUUCCUGGAUUGACUGAAAGAUGUGGCUAAACUCUAGCAAGUUGACCAGCUCCUCCAAGAAGCCUCUGAGCAGGCCAGAAGUAGGCACGCCCUAGCAACCAGCCUGGCAGCCCACUACACCCGGAGCCGCCUGGGAUAAGACUUUGCUUCACUGUUGCUCCCGUGUCCACAGGCUGUCCAUCCCGGCCCAUCUUGGUUUCUCCUUUGUCAUCUGAGCUGAGAUUCUCUGAGAUGGAAGACCCAUCUCGUGUCUAAUAAAGACUCUUGAAUGUUGAACAACA